GCAAUGGAUUGGGCUGGUGUGGACUUAGCCUUGUGAGCCACACCAGAGUUGGUUUUUCAGCUCCUCAUGGUUCUGUGCUCAGGUGUUAACUCCUGACAAUGCUCAGUGGACUGAGUGGUGCAGAUACUGGCUCCAAGGUGUCUGUGUGUAAGGCAGCACCUCCAAGAAAUUUCUAGAAUAGUUGAUCUAGCUUCCUAGAGUGAUUUCUGGGGCUCAUCCCCACGGGAAGGGAAAUCAAUGCUGGUUCCUCCCGUGGGAAGAAGGAAGAGGACUGAGUCCUUCUUGGGUUAUGAGGGGUCUUGUCCUCCCCCUAGAGCCCAGGGUGUCACUGAGCUCUGAUCCCCUCCACUCUGUGCUGGUUCAGGACAUGGUGACCUUCCCCGAUGUGGCUGUGAACUUCACCUCAGAGGAGUGGCCAUGCCUGGAUGCCUCGCAGAGGAAGCUCUACAGAGAUGUGAUGCUGGAGACAUACCAGCACCUGUUGGACAUAGGCCAUGAUGGGGUGAAACCUGCCUUGAUCUCCUGUUUAGAAGAAUGCAGACUACAUGUUGAGGAUAUAACAUUUCAGCAAUCAGCCUUUGGACUGGGAUCUCCAAAGAGGAGCGAGAUGGGAAGAAACAAGUCCCCCUGGAAUGGUGUUGAUCCUGUGCUAUUGGCCACAGUCUGGAGAGAACUGUCUUGCCCAUAUUCCCAUGGGAGUGAGGAUUCGGAGAACAUCUGUUCUGGAAUGGGGCACAAUGAAGAGAUCGUCAUUGCUGCAGCACCACCAUCCACUUGUGGUGCUCCCAAAUCUCCUUCACCCAAUCUCUGGAGAGAGACCCUUAAAGUGGGGCCUCCCCUUUCUAAACACAAGAGAAUUCAUACAGGAGAGAAACUUUAUUCAUGUCAGGAGUGUGGGAAGGCCUUCACUCAUUCCUCAGCCCUUUCUAUGCACAAGAGAAUGCAUACAGGAGAGAAGCCUUAUUCAUGUCAGCAGUGUGGGAAAGCUUUCUCUCAAUCCUCAGACCUUUCUGUGCACAAGAGAAAACAUACAGGAGAAAAGCCUUAUUCAUGUCAGCAGUGUGGGAAGGCUUUCUCUCAAUCCUCAGCCCUUUCUUUGCAUAAGAGAAUGCAUACAGGAGAGAAGCCUUAUUCAUGUCAGGAGUGUGGGAAGGCCUUCACUCAUUCCUCAGCCCUUUCUGUGCACAAGAGAAGACAUACAGGAGAGAAGCCUUAUUCAUGUCCGCAGUGUGGGAAGGCUUUCUCUCAAUCCUCAGCCCUUUCUGUGCACAAGAAAAGACAUACAGGAGAGAAGCCUUAUUCAUGUCAACAGUGUGGGAAGGCUUUUGCUCUAUCCUCAGAACUUUCUGUGCACAAGAGAAGACAUACAGGAGAGAAGCCUUAUUCAUGUCAGCAGUGUGGGAAGGCUUUUGCUCUUUCCUCAGAACUUUCUGUGCACAAGAGAAGACAUACAGGAGAGAGCCCUUAUUCAUGUCAGGAGUGUGGGAAGGCCUUCACUCACUCCUCAUCCCUUUCUGUGCACAAGAGAAUUCAUACAGGAAAGAAGCCUUAAUCAUAUCAGGAAUGAGAGAAGGCUUUUGCUCAUCAUUCACAGUUUUGUAAACAUGAGAAAGUUCAUUCUGGAGAGCCACAUUAGGUGCCCAUCAAGUAUGGAAUGCCUUCACUCCUGUUAAAACCUUUUUUUUUAAAUAUGAAAAUACUGGAUGGUCUGAGCAUUCAGCAUGGUUGGCAUUGGCCAUGCACACCACUGCCGGAGUUUGAUACCUGGUUUCCUAUAGUAUUGCCCAAGCUCACCAGGAGGGAUUCCUGAGUGCAGAGCCAGGAGUAUUCUUUUGUACCACAGGUUUUGGACUCUCCCCAAAAAUAAAGAGAAAUAAAUUUUAAA